UUUUUCUUUCUUCUUCUUCCCUCUUGAGCGAGGCAGGCGCGCCCCUCUCCUCCUCUCGUUUUUCCGACGACCAGAGACCCGCCCCGUCGACUCCUCGCCGCAGCAGUCCGGCCUUCCUUUACCUUCUUUUCGUUUCCGUUUCUGGUGAGCGCAAAAGUCACAACGAAGCCGCGACUUCAGCCCGAUCGAGACAGUCGCGUCUUCGUCCUUCUCUCCGAGCAACUCCGGCGACUAUCGCCGACAAGGUAAACGAACAUGGUGGGAUUUAAAAAUAGGUAUCUAGUAAUGGAAAUUUUCUUGGAUCCAACUAGAGACCCCAUGAGUGAUGAUCCCAUCAUAAUUACGCAGUUUAAUGUCUCAAAAGCAAUUAAAGAAAGUAUUCUGGAAAACUAUGGUGAGUGUGGUUUGGCUUCAUCAAUUGGAUCUUUUCAAGUCAAGUAUGUGAAUCCCAGUACAAAGCUAGUUAUCAUCAGGUCCGCACGGGAGGACUACCAAAAGGUUUGGUCAGCAAUUACCAUGGUUAGGAGAAUUGGAAAUUGUCCAGUGCUAUUCAACUUACUGGACCUAAGUGGAAGCAUCAAGGCGUGCAAAACUGCUGCCUUGAAGUAUGAUGAAUUGAAAUUUGAACAGUACAAGCUUGCAGCUGGGGAUCGCCUUUCGGCUGAGGUUACUCAGAGCAUGAAAAAUUGUCUGGAAAAGAUCAAGAUUUUGGAGCACUGAGUAUUGCACAUAUAGCCUGCACUUUGGUGAUAAUCUUUUGACGUCGAUCUUCUUAGGGAAUUCUUCCAAAUUAACAUUGUUUUCACUAAAGUAAAAACACCAUAUCUUUUUUAACCCCUGUUGGAUGAAUUGAUAAAGGUUCUUUCAAUGGUGGAAAAAACAAUAUGUGUACAACUAUAUUAAGAAAAUUUAAAUUUAAAUUUGAAGCCAUGGGGAUUUUUUUUUUA